AUGUCGACAUCUACCGCUACUAUUCCGGCUGCCGCUGCAGCGACCGCCAACGGAGCUAACCAUCACACAGCAGACACCUUCCGACCGCUCCUCAAAGCGCUCUCCCUCGCAGCAUCCGUCCACUCGCAAUCCGGCGAACCAAAACACAGGACCGGAACCUCUACCAUCACUCAUAACCAGCUCGAGCAGAUUUUGCAGCAUCUCGCCGACCCCAAUUUCACCUCCUCGCGUGAGAACCAUGCACAGAUCGGAUCCGCCUUGACAUGUCUCAAGUUCUGCCGACUCGAUAUCCAAGCCGAAACUUUCGCUCUUGCUGCACGCAUCUUCCUCGACUGCUGUCUCGACGUCUACGUCCCACCUCUUGAUAACGAGACCGAAGAGUACACUGCCUCGUCACCUAGCGGAGCAGAUGUAGAGUACCGCGGAACCCUCGAUCUAGUCGGCACAGGUGGUGACGGCAAAGACACAUUCAACGUCUCCACUACCGCUGCUAUGGUCGCUGCUGGAGUCAAAGGCGUUCGAGUCUGCAAGCAUGGAGCCAAAGCCUCUUCCUCUACUUCUGGCUCUGCCGAUCUCCUCAUGUCUCUCGGUAUUCCUUUACUUUCCCUUCCAGCAUCACAACUGCCAUCAGUCCUGCGCAAGAGCAAGUUCUCUUUCCUCUUCGCCCAGCUCUACCAUCCCGCCCUUGCACCUCUCGGUCCUAUCCGUCGAUCUCUGGGCUUUCCAACUAUCUUCAACGUUCUCGGUCCACUCAUCAACCCAGCUAAACCCAAACGCUGUAUUCUCGGUGUACACAGCUACUACCUCGGUCGAAUAUUUGCUGAAGCUUUGUGCAAACGUGGUACUCAACGUGCUUGGAUCGUUUGCGGUCAGGAAGGGUUAGAUGAGAUCAGUCCUGCAGGCAAGACGGAUGUUUGGGAGUUGAAGGAUGGAGAGAUUACGGAGUUCACUAUCGAACCUGAGGACUUUGGGUUGCAAAAACAUCCACUGGAGCAUGUUGGUUCGCACUCGGCAGAUGAAAAUGCUGCAAUUGUGUUGAAGAUGUUCUCCACCCCUGAUUCUAGCUCGUUGCCAGAGGCGCCAUUGGAGUUGAACAUGCCUCUCGAGCCGGCAAACUUCCUCAACUUUGCCCCUGAAACUAUGGUCCAUGUCCGCUCCCUUCCUUCGAUCCCAAAAACCGUCCGUUUGCAGGCGAUCAAGGACUACACUCUGCUUCAAUCAGCUGCACUACUGUACGUCGGUUCCUACGCAGGGUCGCUGAAAGAAGCGACAGUAUUGGCAAGACAGUCGAUAGAAUCAGGCGCAGCAUUGAGAGCGUUGGAAACGUUUAGAGACGAAAGCAGCUUGAGUAUUGCAAGACAGGAAGAGGAGGAGAAGAACAAAGCCAAGUCGAGGAAGCAGAAGGAAUCGCUUAAGGAGAGUAGAAAGAGCAUCGAAGAGACGAUCAAGGAUCAGGAUCAGUACUCCUACUUGCCCGAGAUUCGACAGGAUGCUGCUGUUGGUACCGACGACUAA